AAAGUGUGGAGUCCGCGAGAGCCCGUAGGAAGCGAAAAGAGAAAAAACGGAGAGAGAGAGAGAGAGAGAGAAAAGAGAAUGGGGCCGCUGAAUUCAUCACAACAGGAGGAAUAAUAACCCGCUGAAGAAAUAGAUAAAGAAGACUGGAGACGGAGAAAAAAGAAAAAAAAACUUUCAGGGGGGGAGAAACUGUUACAGACUCUCGCACGGCCACGGCUUUAAACAUGGAUACACUCUUCUCUGUAUUCCUGGGACUCCUGCUUCUCUGUUCGAUAGUUGGUAACGUCUCUGGCCAAAUACCGACAGCUCACAUGGGGCGCGCUGAGAAGGGAAGUUGCACAUUUGAUGAGGGCUUCUCUCAGUGUGACUACCAACAAGAUCCUUACGAUGACUUUGACUGGACGCACAUCAACACCCAGGAAUUGCCAUAUGUCUCACCACACCUGCCACAAGGUUCCUACAUGUAUGUUGACGUCUCGCAGUAUGAUGUUGGAGAAAAAGCCAGGUUUCAGCUGCCAGUCAUGAAGGAGAAUGAUACUCACUGUAUCGACUUCAACUAUCUCCUCAGUAGCCCUGAUGGCUCCAGCCCUGGCACGCUCAACGUCCUGGUGAAGGUGAACAAGGGUCCCUUGGCUAACCCUAUAUGGAAUGUGACGUCCUACACUGGUAAAGAGUGGCUGAGAGCCGAACUUGCCGUUUCCACCUUCUGGCCUAAUGAAUAUCAGGUCAUAUUUGAAGCUGAGGUUUCGGACAGCAAAGCCGGCUUCAUCGCCAUAGACGACAUUCAGGUGCUCAGCUACCCAUGCGAUAAAUCGCCUCAUUUCCUGCGCCUUGGGGAUGUGGAGGUGAACGCUGGACAAAAUGCCACUUUUCAGUGUAUCGCCACGGGACGAGACACCUCGAACAAUAAACUCUGGCUACAGAGGAGAAAUGGAGAAGAUAUUCCAGUGGCUCUGACCAAAAACAUCAACCACAGACGGUUUGCUGCCUCCUUCCACCUCAAAGAAGUCACUAAUCAAGAUCAAGAUCUGUAUCGCUGUGUCACCCAGUCAGAGCGCGGCUCUGGGGUGUCCAACUUUGCUGCGCUUAUCGUCAGAGAGCCUCCACACCCAAUUGCACCACCUCAGCUGCUCGGUGUCGGCCCCACUUAUCUACUAAUUCAGCUCAAUGCUAACUCCAUAUUUGGAGAUGGACCUAUAAUACUAAAGGAGGUUGAGUACCGUAUGACAUCUGGCAGCUGGACAGAGACUCAUGCUGUGAACUCUCCUAACUACAAGUUAUGGCAUCUUGACCCAGACACAGAGUAUGAGAUCAGGGUCUUACUAACCAGACCAGGAGAGGGAGGCACCGGGAAACCUGGUCCGCCGCUCAUUACUCGGACCAAAUGUGCAGAACCCAUGCGAACUCCUAAAAGGCUGAAGAUUGCUGAGACCAGGUCGCGUUUGAUCGCAGUGGACUGGGAAUCCCUGGGUUACAACAUCACCCGCUGUCACACCUUUAAUGUUACCAUCUGUUACCAUUACAUGACUGCCAACGAUCGUAGCAAAGCUGACUGUUUGGACAUGGACCCUAAAGCACCACGCCACCUGGUGGGGAACCUGCCGCCCUACACCAACGUCAGCCUGAAAAUGAUUCUCACUAAUCCGGAGGGACGGAAAGAGAGUGAUGAGACCAUCAUACAAACCGAUGAAGAUGUUCCUGGUCCAGUUCCCAGUCAGUCACUUAAAGCUACUCCAUCUGAAGAAACAAUAAGUCUUUCCUGGAAGGAACCAACUGAACCCAAUGGAGUCAUUAUACAGUAUGAGAUCAGCUACAGUGGCGUGCAUUCGUUUGACCCUUCGGUGCCUCUGCAACGACCAGGGCUCACAGUGUCACUGCCUUCAAACGCCUCCCAUCACAUGUUUUCUCAGCUCCACCCAGGUGUCACAUACCAGCUGUCUAUACGAGCAUCAACCUCUAAAGGGUUUGGUCCUGCAACCACGCUCAAUGUGACAACUAAUAUUUCAGCUCCGACAAUAGACGAGUACGAUGGUCAAGAGGCCUUCCUGAAUGAAACUGCGACAACUAUCACUGUCCUGCUCAAACCUGCCCAGGCUAAGGGAGCACCCAUAAGUGCGUACCAGAUUGUGGUGGAAGAAGUGAAUCCUCAGCGGACACGCCGUCAGGCUUCGUCUGACUGUUAUCAGGUCCCGGUUUCUUACCACAGUGCAUCUAGCGGUGGAUCCCCUUAUUAUUAUGCCGCCCAGUUGUCCCCCAGCAACCUGCCUGAACCACUUCCCUUUACUGUGGGAGACAACAAGACGUAUCAGGGUUUCUGGAAUCCACCCCUGGCUCCAAGGAAGAACUACAACAUUUAUCUUCAAGCUGUCAGCAGUACAGAGAGGGAAACAAAGACACAGUGUCUGAGGCUGGCAGCUAAACGUGCCACAGAGGAACCAGAAGUCAUUCCCGACCCUGCUAAGCAGACGGAUCGGGUGGUGAAAAUCGCUGGAAUUAGUGCUGGUGUUCUCGUUUUCAUACUGCUGGUGCUGGUAGCCAUUCUGCUGGUUAAGAAGAGGAGGACCUACUAUUCAUACUCUUAUUACCUGAAGCUGGCAAAAAAACGUAAAGAUGCCAUUGGAACAACACGGCAGGAAAUGACACACAUGGUGAACGCUAUGGACCGCAGCUAUGCUGACCAGAGCACUCUGCAUGGCGAGGACCCCAUGGCUGUGACAUUUAUGGACUCUCACAACUACAACAACAGAUUGCCCAACGAUCCUCUGGUUCCGACUGCUGUGUUAGUUCCAAUCACAGAUGAGAACCACACUGGCUCUGCAGCCGAGAACAGCAGGCUUCUAGAUGUUCCUCGGUAUCACUGUGAAGGAACUGAAUCUCCGUAUCAGACAGGACAGCUCCACCCAGCCAUCAGAGUGGCCGAUCUCCUGCAGCACAUCAACCUAAUGAAAACAUCUGACAGCUAUGGCUUCAAGGAGGAAUAUGAAAGCUUCUUUGAGGGCCAGUCGGCCUCCUGGGACGUGGCCAAGAAGGAGCAGAAUCGUACCAAAAACCGCUACGGGAAUAUCAUAGCAUAUGACCAUUCAAGGGUUAUUCUGCAGCCCAUAGAAGACGACCCAUCCUCCGACUACAUCAACGCCAACUACAUCGAUGUAAGUGGAAACGCAUCGAAUGCUACUAUUGGCUCCCAACGAAACCAACGAAACCACACUCCCUCGCUCAUUUGGCUGUACAGGGAUGGGUACCAAAGACCAAGUCACUACAUUGCUACACAGGGUCCUGUUCAUGAGACAGUGUAUGACUUCUGGAGGAUGGUUUGGCAGGAACAGUCAGCCUGCAUUGUGAUGGUAACCAAUCUGGUGGAGGUUGGAAGGGUUAAGUGCUAUAAAUACUGGCCAGAUGAUGCUGAGGUGUAUGGAGACUUCAAGGUGACUUUUGUGGAGGUUGAGCCUCUCGCUGAAUAUGUGGUUCGCACAUUUACACUGGAGAGGCGUGGUUUCAAUGAGGUCCGCGAAGUCAAGCAGUUCCACUUCACAGGCUGGCCUGAUCAUGGAGUUCCAUAUCAUGCCACAGGACUUCUUUCCUUCAUCCGCAGAGUUAAAAUGUCUAAUCCACCUUCUGCUGGGCCAAUUGUGGUCCACUGCAGUGCUGGAGCAGGGCGCACAGGAUGUUUCAUAGUCAUUGACAUCAUGUUGGACAUGGCAGAGAGAGAAGGAGUGGUCGACAUCUACAACUGUGUGAAGGCUCUUCGCUCCAGGAGGAUCAACAUGGUACAGACUGAGGAGCAGUACAUAUUCAUUCACGACGCCAUACUAGAGGCUUGUCUUUGUGGAGAAACAGCCAUACCGGUCUGCGAGUUCAAAGCAGCUUAUUAUGAGCUGAUCCGCAUCGACUCCCAGACCAACUCUUCCCAUCUGAAGGAUGAGUUCCAGACAUUAAACUCAGUGACUCCUCAGCCACAGCCAGAAGACUGCAGCAUUGCAUUGUUGCCUAGAAACCAAGAUAAGAACCGCUUUAUGGAUGGCCUUCCUCCAGAUAGAUGCCUUCCCUUCCUCAUCACAAUAGAUGGAGAAAGCAGCAACUACAUCAACGCUGCUCUGAUGGAUCUGUCAGAAGAGUUCCAGAGCUACAGACAGCCUGCUGCAUUCAUUGUUACCCAGCAUCCUUUGCCCAACACUGUCAAAGACUUUUGGCGCCUAGUUUACGACUAUGGAUGUACCAGUCUGGUGAUGCUAAAUGAGAUUGACCUGGCUCAGGGUUGUCCUCAGUACUGGCCAGAGGAGGGCAUGCUGCGUUAUGGUCCCGUCCAGGUGGAAUGUAUGUCAUGCUCAAUGGAAUGUGAUGUUAUCAGCCGGCUCUUCAGAGUCUGCAACCUCACCAGGCCUCAGGAAGGCUAUCUGAUGGUUCGUCAAUUCCAGUACCUGGGAUGGUCGGGGCACAGAGAAGUCCCUGCGUCCAAACGCUCUUUCCUCAAACUGAUCCUUCAGGUUGACCAGUGGCAGCGUGAAGGGGAGGAGGGAGAGGGAAGAACCAUUGUGCACUGCCUAAAUGGAGGUGGGCGUAGCGGAGUAUUCUGUGCCAGCAGUAUCGUGUGCGAGAUGGCAAAGAGACAGAGUGUGGUUGAUGUUUUCCACGCUGUAAAGACCUUGAGGAAUAGCAAACCUAACAUGGUGGAUACUCCGGAACAGUAUCGGUUCUGCUACGACCUGGCAUUGGAGUUCAUCGAGUCGUCCUAAGUGAAGGACAGAAGAGCAGAAUGAGGAGAAGAAGAGUCGGAGAACAUCUGUUCACAUCUUGUGUGUUUGAUCCUUUGCUUUGCUUGGUCUCGAUCUUUGUGGCGGCCGUUGUGUAGCAUCCAUCUUGCGCCUCUACAAAAGGCGCAAGCGAAACGGGCUCCUUGUACAUGUUGUUAAACAAAGGGAAAUGCUUAGACUUUUAACAGGAAAUGCGAUGGAGAGGAGGAGAUGUUACUCCUUUCACUCCUUUCUGCUUAUUGUACAGCUUUUUGAGUGCCAGCGGGCCCCUGUAUGCUUCGGGCCCCAUUUAAAACAUUUAGCCUCUCACCACAGCCACCUCCCAUGGACUUGAUGCUUUGUGCUGUUUCAGCUGCAGUACUUCCUAUCUACUGUAGAUGUCUCUCUCUCUCGCUUGCUCGCUCCCUUGCAAGCAGCUUUUGAUAAACUGCAAGUUAAAGUUUUCAUUGGCCCGACAUUCCUGCUCUCGUGCUAAUUUCUGACUAAUUUAACUGUAUUGGGCAUCUCAUCAUGGUGAUAUUUGUAGUAUAUACAGCCAACACUUUUGUAUGAGAGCAAGUGAACAACUGAAAGUUAAAGUCCGGAGAAACUCUGUGAAUGGUUCUGUUUCUGCUCCGCACACCUUUCAAAUGACAUAGUACAUUAUUAUGAACAAGUAUGAACCUAUUUACAUUGGUUACACGCAGUUUAUUAUUUUUAGAAAACAGAAAAAAAAUAAUAAUUUUGUCCUUAUUAAAUAAAGUACAAACAAGACUGUGAAAGGCAAAUCAAGACCAGGAAACAAAAGAAAAACAGGAAGUUUACAUCGGGAUUAUUAGACUUUUAGAUUUUUUUAAAUAAUAUUCAUUUAGCUGCAACUUGACAAAUGUUAUGUUAUGCUUUUUGUUUUAAAACGUGUGUUAUGUAUCACUUUUCUUUUGUAGUAUCACGUACCUAUCUACUGGUUAGACUUUUGCAGUCUGCAUUGUACAUUAGACUGUGACAUUAGCCGAAUCAUGUUCUUUUCAGGGCUGGGCCCAAUGCACUUUCAAUUCAGCCUCUACAUAAAUGGAAAAACAAACAAACUGCAAUUAUAAAGAGAUUUUGGACAUGGCAAAAAAUCUGCCUAUUUGCCCAUAGAAAAGACUGAAAUCACACGUUCUUUGAUGGCAAGAUUAACUGACAGUUUCCAUUUACAGUAUGGCUUGAAUAGAAUUGGAAGUGACCUGACCCCAGGCUUCAUUUGUUUUGUGCACUGGUGGCCAACACUCUUCUCUUUGUUGUAAUAUUAUUGUUUUGUAGCUGAUGUUUCUUCAUAAGCCAAAGACUUUGUGUAAAUAUGUCUAUAUGGAUAAAGCACAUUGUUUGUAUUUAUUGUUUGUUUACUUGCAUUGCUUGUAAGAACAAUCAUUUUCCAUUCCAUGUUUGCCGGCCAGCGUUUCUUAAACCGCACACGGGGAUGCAAAAUGGGCUGCAAGUCUGUUUCCUCUGGAGUCUUGAGAGUAUUAGUGUGAUUUAUCGAGGCCCGUAAUGGAUCCCAAGGUAACAGAUUACAUCUGCCCAAUUUGGGUCCAUGAAGAAGAGUUUAAGAACCCCUGAUUGAAGCUGUAUAUUAAAGCUUUAGAAGUAGUUUUUCAGUAUUUAGGUGGAAUUCAGUAGUAUUGUCUUUGUUUUCACUUCUUGAAUCUCUGUGAUGUUACUGUGGUUUAUUUGUGUAUGAGCCCAUUGCGCUGUCUGUGGUCAGUAGAAAUUCAGUGCAUUUAUAUGCACAGAGUAUUUUGGAUAAUAGCGCCUAUCCCUCUUAACGUCUUAGUCGGGAUAAGCUGUUUAUCUUCAUCCGUAUCCUGCUCACCAUUAUCCCUGGAUACACACUGACUCAGUGAUGCAAAAACGGGCUUAGUGAGUGAAACAUGCAGGACUGUGAUACAAAAAAAUUUAUUGUGCCUAAUCAUUUGAAUUUUCUUGUCGCUACAAGCAUUUUUACAGCAUCUUAGAUUGCACCCAGGGCUUUGUUGAAUACGUUCUCAUGAACGAACAGUGUUCUGAAUACCUUUUGGACCAUGAUUCAUUGUGUUUUUACUCAUCAGAAUGCUCCUUUGUGAGGCUUUACAAGCUUGCAGAAUAUCAGAUGUAUUUCUGUUUGUGAACAAACUGAGUCAGAAAAAAAGAACUUUAUUGUAAAUAACAUGUCAGAUGUUCCACUUUGAUGGAGCAAGAGCAGCCCUACUCAUGAGGAUGUUAUUGUAAAUAGAGUGCUCUAAAAGGCUCUAUUGUUGGGUGAACAGUAGAGAUUUAGAUAAUGGAUGCAAUGUCAGAACAUUUGUUCUGGUGUAGAUAAAAAAGAUACAGAUUGUACUCUUGUUUUGGAGGAUUCAAAUUCAAGUAUUGACAGAUGAUGUUUUAAAAAGAUAUAUAGUUUUCACUGAAUACAGAACAUUAUUCUGUUGGUGGAACAUCAGUUCAGUUUUGUUACUUCUGAUUUUUGGUCUGAUCCAAAGAAGGGAGAGAGAAGAGCAUGGUGUAAUAGUAAUCCAGUCAUAUUUUAUGUUUAGCGACAAUGGAUUUUGCUACAUGCAUAAAUCAGUGAGAGCAGAAAGUGAACACAAUAUGUAAAGCCUCUUAACUACACACUUAAAGGAAAACUAAGAAACAAAUCUUCUUAAGAGGCCAAUGACUCCUCCUCUUUAAAUCUGAAAUAAUGGCCCUGAAGAGUAGUGAAUGAAGCUGGUGUCUGGAUGAGAGGCCAGUCUGACUAUAGAGUUGAUAUUCAUGGUUCAUAAUUAUUCUUGUCUGUAAUGUUUGGCUUAUUUGCUGUAAUAAAGACCACUUCUUUAAUUAAAAGUAAA